AUGUCGAGUUAUUCGAGUUAUUCACCUUUAUCAUCAAAUAUGUCAACUCAAAUACAACAAAAUUCAAAAUCUUUAUAUAAACCAAAAAGAUCAAGUUUGAUGGCAAUCCAAAAACAACAAGAAGAAAACGUUGCUAUUCUUGCAAAUACAAAAGAAGAUAGUCCAAUAUAUAUGGAAAUUAAUAGUGUUAUGUCCGAAAUAGAAAAAUUUCGUGCUAGAUUACAUGACCUUAGUAGAAUUCAAGAACAAAGAUAUAAUGAUGAUUCUAUUUCGGAUUCUCGAAAUUAUGAUGAAUAUAAUGAAACUUCUGAAAUGAUGAUGCAAGCUGUUCAAAAUCAACUAGCUGUAGUUAGGCAACAUAUUACUUCUAUAUUAGAUAAUUAUGAAUCUUUAGAUGAAAAUCUUCUCACU